AUAUAGUGAAUGCGGGGUCUGGGGUGACCGGAUAUAGUGAAUGCAGGGUCCGGGGAGAUCGGAUAUAGUGAAUGCAGGGUCCGGGGAGACCAGAUAUAGUGGAUGCAGGGUCCGGGGAGAGCAGAUAUAGUGAAUGCAGGGGUGCGGGGAGACCAGAUAUAGUGAAUGCAGGGUCCGGGGAGACCGGAUAUAGUGAAUGCGGGGUCCAGGGAGACCAGAUAUAGUGAAUGCGGGGUCCGGGGAGACCAGGUAUAGUGAAUGCAGGGUCCAGGGAGACCAGAUAUGGUGAAUGCAGGGUCCGGGGAGCCCGGAUAUAGUGAAUGCAGGGUCCGGG